UGAUCUCCGUACAAUCAAGGAAUACAUUACCCAGAAGCCCCCGCGGAGUGAUCGAGCGAGCCAGCAGACAGACGCAAGGAAUCAUGAAUUACGCUCGGUUUCUAACGGCUGUCAGCGCAGCCAGGAAGCCCUCGGCUAUCAGGAUGCUGACCGAGCUGCAGCAGCGGUCGCCUCCGUCCCUCAUCUCUCUGGCAGGAGGCGCACCGAACCCCAACACCUUCCCCUUCCAGUCAGCGUCCAUCCAGGUGAAGAACGGACAGACGGUCACCUUCGACGAGGCGAUGAUGAAGAGGGCGCUGCAGUACUCCGCCUCCAAUGGCAUCCCCGAGCUGCUGACGUGGAUGAAGAAUCUGCAGAAGAGCCUCCACAACCCGCCGACCGCCGCCUACAGCCCCGAGAACGGCCAGAUGGACAUGUGUGUGACCACGGGGAGCCAGGAGGGACUCUGCAAGGUGUUUGAGAUGCUGGUGAACCCUGGAGACAACGUUCUGCUGGAUGCACCCACAUAUUCAGGAACACUAGCAGCACUCCAGCCGCUCGGUUGUAACUUGAUCAACGUUCCCAGCGAUCAGCACGGCAUGAUACCCGCGGCCCUGAAGCAGGUUUUGUCUCGAUGGAACCCCUCAGAGAUCCACAAGCCCGACAGCAGAGCUCCAAAGAUCCUCUACACCAUCCCCAAUGGAGGAAACCCCACCGGUGCCUCCAUGACGACUCAGAGGAAGAAGGAAGUGUACGAGCUGGCCAGGCAGUACGACAUGCUCAUCAUCGAGGACGACCCGUACUAUUUCCUGCAGUUUGACAAGCCGUGGGCUCCCACAUUUCUCUCCAUGGACGUUGACGGACGAAUCAUCAGGACAGAUUCCUUCUCUAAGAUCCUGUCUUCAGGGUUGAGGUUAGGUUUCGUGACCGGACCCAAACCACUUGUGGACAGGGUGGUGCUGCACAUCCAGGCCUCCACAAUGCACACUAGCACCUUCACACAGCUCAUGGUCUCUCAGUUGUUGCACAGCUGGGGCCAAGAUGGGUUUCUGCAGCACAUAGACGGGGUGAUUGAGUUUUACAGGAAGCAACGAGAUGCAAUGAUCAGCUCUGCAGACAAGUGGCUCAAAGAUGUAGCAGAGUGGCACUCUCCGUCAGCAGGCAUGUUCCUGUGGAUGAAACUGAAGGGCGUAGCCGACACUCAGCAGCUCAUUAUGGAGAAGGCGCUGGAGAAAGAGGUGCUGCUGGUUCCUGGAGGCGUGUUCAUGAUCAACAGUAGUGACCCCUGUCCCUACGUCAGAGCGGCCUUUUCUCUCUCUACACCAGAGCAGAUUGAUGAGGCUUUCAGAAGACUCUCUUUACUUAUCAAAGAUGCUUUGUGAUGAGAUUUUUUAUUUAUUUAUUGAUGAAGCCUUGAUUUAGUGUUACC